AUGUUUGAGGCGUGCGGCGAGCUUUGGGGGUGUGACGGCGGCCCGAAUCAAGCAUCUUCCACCUCUCUCAGAGACGCCAUCAUCUUCAAAUCCGGCAUCGGCCCGACGGGCGUUGCUGUCCCGCCAGCUAAGGACUGGAUCAGUCUGCUCGUUGUGGUAGGCUUGAUUGAUCACUCAAUCUUCUCUAUUGUCGUCAAGACGAGCUGCACCUUCAACGAGCUGGAUGCCGAGGCUAUCCUGAUUGGGACAGCUACGGGCCAAAUCCAUUCCUACCAGGACCUGAACGCAGGAGACUCGUGCACCCCUACUGCCGAGGGUGUCGUGACUAUCACUGCCUAUAUGACCCACGAACUGACCUCUGUCGGCGUGCUCAGACUUGAUACAUCGCAAAAAAAAAAAACAAUCUUUGAAGUCUCCCCCUACUUGCAAACUGCUGGCGACCGCGAGGCGGGUACCUUGUUUGUGCAGUCGAUGGUGGAUGCCAUCACCGCCCCUGGGACUGGACUCGAGCUUCAGGAAUAUACCAACACCUCCGCACUCCUGUGUGCGGAAUGGACAAUCUCAAACCAGCACUCAGUUCCGACACCCUACCGGAGGCACACGCUGACCUUUCUUCGCUUGGGACUGUGGUACAUCGUGGAUGGUGGUAUUCACCCGGACCUGGCCUCAGGCAACAACCGGGCCUACGUCAUGGUCGUGGCUGAAAAUGAGUAGAGGCGGGUAGGAGUUGAUCUGGCAUUGGGCACUUUCAAUUUCUCGUCUUUGGGUGCGAUCUUGCAACUAUCUACCCAUCCACAACCCUUGCUGUUCUCUGGCAUUUUGUGUUUCUCUCUUCUUUUGGUUUUAUUCGUUUCAGGAGCAGCCAUGGUUAUCACCUUAGUAGCUAAAGACCGGCAGAUAGUGGCGUUGGAGCUUUCGAUCAGCUUAAGUUGCUACCCUUCGGACAACCGGGCGUGCACUUGCAGCUCGCAAUUUCAAUAAAAG